CAUCCGAUGUACGAUUCCUCUUUUUCACCAUACUACAACAAUAUCGCUGUGGUGAAACUCAAAUCAUUUGCACCGAUUGCACCACAUUGUGCAUGGUGUGGACACGCCAACCCUAAUCAGACGAUAUUUCUUACAGGACAACAACUGAUACCCGAAGAGCACUCGAGCGAACUUCACCAUUUUAGACUGAUGACUCGCGUCUGAGAGCGUUCGUCCGAUCAAUGUCAUCUAGCAACACAGUACUCCGGUCUUCUGCUAAACGGUCUGCAAGACGAGCAUUUGUGCUUUGCUAAUCAGCCCUUCCUUGUUCCGGAUUCUUGUGACACCAUAUUGGGAAGUCCAAUCGAAAAAGACAAGGAUGGACAUCCAUGGAAUCAACUUGUUUGGUCGCGAUAAUGGAUUUGGAGAACCGGCUGUAGGUGUAAGGCUCAGUGCGCACAAAGCAUGGCUUGAAUCGGUGCUCCUGCCACACUCCAAAAGUGAGACAUUUGUUUACAUUGAUCCUGAUCUGGAACCUGGCACUAAAUGUGGCUAGGCCGAUGGGACGAGAGAAACUUGUAUUGCUGAGCCAGAUUGUCCUGUUUUUCGUUCACAAUUGCAACAAAGACAACAGACUACAUUCUGCUCACAUAGGAAUAACGUUUGUUGUCCUAACACAGCAACCAAUUCUCGAAUGAUGGCAAUAGAAAAAGAAAUCAACGAGUGUGAGGAGCGCUAUCGACACUUAAGAACUGAUCGACAGAAUGGAAGUUCUCAUGCCAUUGAGAUAGGAUGGCAAGAUGAACGCAACACAACGUAUGGAUGUUACGGAUACCUCAUCAGUACACGUGGCGUUGUUUUGUCUGCAUCCUGUUUGUUGGAAAGAGGAGGGAUGCCGAACAUUGCGCGUAUAGGAGGAAUCGAUUCAUUGGACAUCUCACGCGUUAUUCCUAUAGAUAAAGUGACCAUUCAUCCCAACUAUAACCCGGCAAAACCAAAGCACAACAUAGCAAUUCUCAAACUGGAAUCGGUCGUCGAACCAACUGAAAGCGUUUUCCCUACGUGUCUUUGGCAGAAUGUUACCCACUCGCCGAUCAAGCAGAGGGUUUUGGAUUUUGCUUCCAAACGAUAUGAUCCCAUGCAUCCAAUGUACAAGAGUGACUGUGAGGCUCUUUUGAAUGGUACAUUCGAUGAACCUGAAACAAUCUGCAUGAAUCCAGGAAUAACUCCCUAGGAAAGCCUUUUUUACCACUUUUUUUUACAAAUAGAAUACAUAAGUGGUUCUGUAUCCAAACGCUGCUACAAAGCUGGAAGUCCGAUCGUAUGGAGAAAGGCGCUGAAUGACACUGGUUACGUAGAAUAUCUCGUGCACCUUUACAGCUAUGGAAGUUGCAAAUCCAACAUCCCGCGCGUAGUGGCGCGUGUCGCUGCGUACAUCGAGUGGUUCAAGGAAGUGUUGCAGUACUGAUGAUUGGUGACAGUGCGUUAAUUGAAUGAAAUUAUUGAACGAAAAUGAUUCUUUUUUCGCAUUGCGAUCCUCGUUCGAAAUCGCCUAGAUCCCGGGAUUUCCUGGCUUAACUGACAUCAAAUCCUGCCAUUCAAAUGUGCAGUCCUACUGCUUCGCCUAUGUUCGCCUAAUAGCCGUAGUUUGGAGGCCCGUGAUCUAUUUGAUGGACCAUAGCGUACGUAAUGAAAGUGUGUCACUGCUGGACAGAAUAUUAGCGACAGACCCCCCCCCGUUUCGCUAAAAUUUUAGAACCUGUGACUGAUGAUCGA